AAAACAUCGUACACCCUCAGUUUAAGACUAACUCGUUUAAUUUUGGAAACAAAACAAGAAAAUCAUGAAGCUGUUCUUCUCCGUCCCCACCUCAAAAUCAAAACCGAACUCCACCAACGAAGAAGACAACAACACCUCGAAACAGUUCUUCACAGAAUUCGACCCUUCGAAAUCUAAAUCUCCAACAACUAAAACCCUUAUUAUCCCCCCAAUCCAAAACGAAUGGAUUCUCGUCAACAAAAUGAACAACCUCGCAUUCGAGCACGACACCUCCUCCUCCGCCGAAUCCGGUUCCGAUUUGGCGUACGGUCUCAACCUCCGUCGCGUUCGGGCAGAGGCGGCAUCGCUGCAGAAGCUGAAGGACGAUUUGAAGAGGCUGCCGGACGAUCAGGGGUUCGACGAGUUUAAGGAUGUCCCUGUGGAGGGUUUCGGAGCGGCUCUGCUCGCCGGUUACGGGUGGUCCCCAGGGAUGGGGAUAGGGAAGAAUGCGAAGGAGGAUGUGAAGGUUGUGCAGUUCGAGAGAAGAACCACCAAGGAAGGCUUGGGUUUUGUUAGAAUGGUUGCGACUAAUCAUGAUGCUGAAUUGGGUUCAGUACAAGAAGACAAGUGCUUGAACGAAUUGAAGGACUUGAAGAUCCACACAAGGGAUGUUAAUGGGGUUGAUUUUGAGGUUGAAGAGAAGAGAGUGGAUCUUAAUGGGGAUAGUGACAAGCAAGAGAUUGAGAAGAAGGAGGUUUUUUGGCUCACAAGUCACCUAUGUAGCACCGAUACCGACAUGGAACACGUGACACGACACGAUACGACAUUCCGAUACGUUAAUUCUAAAUGUCGGUGCUUCAUAGCAAGUCACAUUCGGGUUAGGGUGAUUAGCAGAGAUUUUAAAGGGGGGCGCUUGUAUUUGAAGAAGGGGGAGAUUCUUGAUGUUGUUGGGCCUACUACUUGUGAUGUAUCUAUGGAUGAGACCAAGGAGGUCGUUCAAGGGGUGUCUCGAGAUGUUCUCGAGACGGUUAUCCCGCCAUGUGGGGGAUAUGUUCUGGUAUUGUAUGGUAAGCAUAAAGGUGCCUUUGGGAGUCUGGUUGAGAAGGAUUUGGACCUGGAACUUGGCAUUGUUAGGGAUGCUGAUACACAUGAGCUGCUCAAUGUGAAACUCGAACAGAUUGCAGAGUAUGUAGGGGACCCGAGCUUCUUGGGAUAUUGAUUAUAUUCUAUGCAUUGCAGGACUCCCACAUGGAGAAACAAAUUUACUUACAAGUAUGCAUCUUGGGAAUUUCAAAUGUUUGUUUCUUUAACACCUGGAUAUGAUUUAAGGAUAAAAUUGUAUGUGUUGCUUGGGAACUUUGCAGUUUGUUGAUGGUGGA